UGACUUCUCCAUCUGAAGUCGGGACACCCUCCUGCCACCUGUAGAGUGGAUCUGAAAUAAAAUCCAGGCAUCUGAAGGUUCCUAGACAGAGCCAGACUUCAGACCGGGUGUCCUGCUACAGCCGCUGGGACUCCUCCAGGACAAGGCCACACAACUGGUUCCCUUCAGCCCCUCUCCCUCAGACACCAUGGAGCUGGAUCUGUCUCCACCUCAUCUUGGCAGCUCUCCGGAAGACCUCUGCCCAGCCCCUGGGGCCCCUCCUGGGAAUCCUUGGCCCCCAGAGGGCCCUGUGCCUGAGGAGGUAAAGAGGUCCCAGCCUCUCCUCAUCCCAACCACCAGCAGGAAACUUCGAGAGGAGGAACGGCGUGCCACCUCCCUCCCCUCCAUCCCCAACCCCUUCCCUGAGCUCUGCAGUCCUCCCCCACAGAGCCCCAUUCUCAGGGGGCCCUCCAGUGUACGGGGGCUGCUCCCACGCGAUGCCAGCUGCCCCCAUGUAGUAAAGGUAUACAGUGAGGAUGGGGCCUGCAGGUCUGUGGAGGUGGAGGCAGGUGCCACAGCUCGCCACGUGUGUGAAAUGCUGGUGCAGCGAACUCAUGCCUUGAGCGAUGAGACCUGGGGGCUGGUGGAGUGCCACCCCCACCUAGCACUGGAGCGGGGUUUAGAGGACCACGAGUCCGUGGUGGAAGUGCAGGCUGCCUGGCCCGUGGGUGGAGAUAGCCGCUUCAUCUUCCGGAAAAACUUCGCCAAGUAUGAACUGUUCAAGAGCUCCCCACACUCCCUGUUCCCAGAAAAAAUGGUCUCCAGCUGUCUCGAUGCACACACUGGUGUAUCCCAUGAAGACCUCAUCCAGAACUUCCUGAAUGUUGGCAGCUUCCCUGAGAUCCAGGGCUUUCUGCAGCUUCGGGGAUCAGGACGGAAGCUUUGGAAACGCUUUUUCUGCUUCUUGCGCCGAUCUGGCCUUUAUUACUCCACCAAGGGCACCUCUAAGGAUCCGAGGCACCUGCAGUACGUGGCAGAUGUGAAUGAGUCCAACGUGUAUGUGGUGACUCAAGGCCGCAAGCUCUACGGGAUGCCCACAGACUUCGGCUUCUGUGUCAAGCCCAACAAGCUUCGAAAUGGCCACAAGGGGCUUCGCAUCUUCUGCAGUGAAGACGAGCAGAGCCGCACCUGCUGGCUGGCUGCCUUCCGCCUCUUCAAGUAUGGGGCGCAGCUGUACAAGAAUUACCAGCAGGCACAGUCUCGCCACCUGCGUCCGUCUUGUUUGGGCUCUCCACCGUUGAGAAGUGUCUCAGAUAAUACUCUGGUGGCCAUGGACUUCUCUGGCCAUGCUGGGCGCGUCAUCGAGAACCCCCGGGAGGCUUUGAGUGUGGCCCUGGAGGAGGCCCAGGCCUGGAGGAAGAAGACAAACCACCGCCUCAGCCUGCCUACCCCGGCCUCCGGCACCAGCCUCAGUGCAGCCAUCCACCGCACCCAACUCUGGUUCCACGGGCGCAUUUCCCGUGAGGAAAGCCAGCAGCUCAUUGGACAGCAGGGCUUGGUAGACGGCCUGUUCCUGGUCCGGGAGAGUCAGCGGAACCCCCAGGGCUUUGUCCUCUCCUUGUGCCACCUGCAGAAAGUGAAGCAUUAUCUUAUCCUUCCGGGUCGCUGGAAAGCGCUUAGAACAGGUCCUGCCACAUGGAAAACACUUGUUACCUCACAGGGAGAACCGAUGGUUUGUUGAAGUGUCAAAACCUCAUUAACAUGUUUACCACAGGCUUCUGAGAUGAAGUAAGCUGGAGAGCAAUGAACUGAUGGCAGUGUUUAGUCAACCUCCAGUGAAGAAAUGAGGCCUUCAGUCUAACAGCAUUCAAAAACUGAAUCCUGACAAUAACCACAUGAGUGAGUUUGGAAGCUAACUGAUCCUUCCCUAGUCAAGUCUUUAGAUGAGACCAUAGUUCAGGUCAAUAUCUGGUUAGCAGCCUUGGAAGAGACUGAAGCAGAGGACCCAGAUACGCUGUGCCUGCAUUCCUGGGAUGAUACGUUUUAAGUUGCUAGGGUUUGGGGUCAUUUGUCACAUAGCAAUCAAUAACUAAUGUAGGGCAGUUUCUAAUAAAAUUAAACAUAAAUUUACCAUACAAUAAUUCUACUCCUAGGUAUCUGCUCAAAAGCAGUGAAAACCUAUGUCACAUAAAGACUUGUACAUAAAAUGUUCAUGGAAGCUAAAAAUGCAAACAAUCAAAUGUCCAUCAAACAGUGAAUUGAUAAUCAAAAUGUACUAUAUGAAUACAAUUGUAUUCUUUUUUUUUUUUUUUUGAGAGAGUCUCACUCUGUUGCCUAGGCUGGAGUGCAGUGGCAUGAUCAUGGCUCACUAGGCAGCCUCGACCUCCUGGGCUCAAGCAAUCCUUCCACCUCAGCCUCCUGAGUAGCUGUUUUUUAAUUUUGUUUUUCGUAGAGGCAGGGCCUCUCUAUGUUGCCAGCUACUCCAGAAGCUGAGGUGGGAAGAUCACUUGAACCCAGAAGUUUGAGAUCAGCCCGGGCAACAUAGUGAGAUCCCAUUUUAAAAAUUUUAAGAAAAAAUAAAAGAAACAAACUACUGAUACAUGCAGCAACAUAGAUGAACUUCAAAAACUUGAUGCUAGGUAAAAGAAGCCAGAAACAAAAUAUUACAUAUUGUAUUAUUCCAUUUAUAUGAAAUGCCCAGAAACAGUAACUCUUUAGAGACAAAAGUAAGAUUAGUGGUUGCCUGAGGCUGCAGGCAGGAAUGGGGAUCAACUACAAACAGGUACAAAGGAUUUUUUAGGGUGAUGGAAAUGUUCUAAAAUGUGGUGGUAGUUGUACAACUCUGUACAUUUUCUAGAAAAGUCAUUGAAUUGAACACUUAAAGGUACGUAAAUUAUAAGCACAUUAAAGCUGUUUUAAAAAGAAAUCUAUACAGAUAAACAAAACAAAAUAAAAUUGAUAGCUCUGAUACUGACUGUCUCAAAAGGAGAAUGUUUAGCUACCCAUUCACCAACGACUACAAGAAGCAUCGUGAUAAGUAUAGUUUCUGAGCUAUGAUUACUUCCAUAUGACAAAUGCUCAGAAAACUAUCUUUAACUCCUUUUGUUCCUGUGCUGCUGAUUUCAUUCCCUUUCAACAAAAUUAACAAGAUUUUGCUCAUUGAAAAACGCAAGGUGCACCUGCUACUUGACAGUAGGAAAGGAGGAUUAAAAAAACUCAAGUACAGAAGAGUUGGCCUGAUUGGACAUUUCCGAUAUUUAGUUAUUUUAUUAUCAAUUUCAGACAAAUACCUAACUACUGAUUUUUGCUCUUUCUAAAUUGGGCUUAAAUCCAUAAGGAUCCAGAUACAUAAGGAUGUAUUACUUCUUUGUCAUAUUUUGUGCUUUUAUGGACCAUACUGUCCCACUUUCUAUUCUGUUAAUAAUUUAGUGUGUUUUACUAGGCUAUGAUUAUUAAUUAGUUAAUGAGCACUAUCUCUGAACUGCAAAGCAGCAGUGGUAUAAAUGCACCUGGGUAAGUUCUCUGAGGGUUCAUUCAGGAAGGUGGGUUGUCUCCUAAGACAAAAUAAGAAAAUAAAGAAUUAUCUUUUUUAUAUAAUCUCAGAGAGAGAAAGAACUAGUACAACCUGAAGGACUAGAACCAGAAAAUCAAGCUGAUGGUAAAUAAGGAAUAGGUCAUAUAAAAAUGCCAGAGAGAGUUCUGGGCUCCAAGUAAAGAAGAGAGGUAAUAAUGGACCAUUAAAUGUUGUUUCUUCAAAUGUUGGUGGAUGGGAGGUAUUACCACAGCCUAGACUGACUUAAAAGAAGUUAACAAAGAGCCUUUCCUAUUUUCUCUAGGACUGCUAUGAACUUACUUAAGGAGUAAGAAAGGGUAACAAAGGCACUGGCUGAGAUUUCUGCUUCUGUAGACGCAGGUGCAGAAAAGGCUGGUUCUAACACAUCUUGUCAAUGUCUUUAAUGCCACCAGACUGAUGAAUAUAGUGAAAUAUCUAUCAUGAUCCCAUUUUUACUUAUUCAGUUGACAUAAUUAGCAAAUCUAUUAAGGGUAAGGUCACAAAUUAUUUUUGAAUAUUAAACCGUGGCUCUCCAUAUGUUACUGUUUAGACAGCAUCACCCACUGCAGAAUAUAGUUUUCAGGAUUGUCAUUUCUGCAACCUCAAAUCUAGAUCCAAAUGCAGUCAGUUAAAGCAGAUUUCAACCAAGCAGCUAAAUGAGAAAACAUCUGGACCUACCAGUCAAAAUGAGAAAGGUCACAUGUUAAAUCCAGAUAAUCUUGUUUAUUGGUGUUUGAAGGUUAUACACCAAGGGCUGGAUUACCAGGGUCCUCCUUUAGGCCUGGCACUGACAGCUUCAUUCACCUGCUGUGUGUGUCACUUUAAAAUCCAAAGCUUUGAAAGUAUUGUGUUAUUAGUCACUUCCAAAUGUAAUUUUCCUAAUUCUGAGCCUGAAUACUAUGUCAACCUAUUGCUAGACUGCUGAUGAGAUCCUGGGAGAAACCAUGGGACAGAACUGUCAGGGGCAGAUGAUGUCUAUUCUUUUAAAAACUGUUUUCCAAAUUUCCAUUCAGCAUUUUUCUAUGGAUGAAGCAACUGUAAUUUUCUCUCUCAAAAUUAAGAAAAAGAAAAGGAAUAAGCAAGGAAUAAAAUUAAAAGAUUGAUGUAGGAUUUAGGGAUGAUGAUGAAGAAAGGGGGAUUGUAUCUAUUACAUUAUUUUUUAUAAUUAGUGUUCUUCUGUAUAUAAACAACUGAACCAAAAUUUUUUAUGUUGGAAGCAACUCCACAUACCAAUGCAUAUAAAACUACUAUGAAAACAGCAAAGUCAAAUGUCUUAAGACUUUACAUGCUUUGGUAAGAUCUUUUUCAUCUUUUCUAGGUUAUGAACAUCUUUGAGAACUGUACUCUUUGCCUAGAAAAAGAGUACACCUACCCAUAAACACAAAAUUUCACAUACUAUUGAUUGAUUUCUCAAACCCUGAGAUCUCAGGUUUGAGAAUAUCUGCCUUUGACCUUUAAAUAGGCUCAGACUUACAGACACUUCUGUGCUACAUUUUGUAUACUUCAUAUAAUAGUGGUAGGUAUUUUUCUAAUGUUUUGCUCCAGCACCCUUGAAAGAAUUUUGAAAAAUGAUAUAGCUUUCUUAUACAUAGUAGACAUUAAGUACAUACUAGGUUGAUAUCUAUAAUUUUUCAUCAUGAGUUUAAAUAUUUUUAAAUGAAAGCAGAAAGUUUGUGUGUUGUAAAUAAUGACAGUUUAAACUGUUACCACACCCUUUCAAAUGUAUCUACUUAGGAAUAUAUACAUAUUUGUAAUUUGAUUUACUCCAUCAUAAAUUAAAAAAUACAUAAUAAGCUUUUCAAGAAAAUCAGAAAAUUUCUCUUUGUACUUCUAUUUCCAUUUCACUUCCCCCAUGGAAUUUUAUCCUAAUGUAGUACUCUUUAUAUGACUGAGUCAUCUAUUGUUCAAUCCAUUAUAUGUAUCUGCAGCAAAACAAAACAAAAACCCAAUAAAGUAAUUUUGUUAACAUAAA